AUGAUCUCCUAUAUCUACAAAUUUCUCUCGCUGGAAACGCUGGACGCGCGGCUUUGCGCGCCGGCCAAUCCUAAGAAGAAGGCUGAAAUCAUGAAAAGGGCAGGCCCUUCGCGGUGGAAGAGCCUCGAAUUCAAGGUCUACGCCGUCGUCUUCGCGGUGGUUGUCCCACUGAUGGUCAAGACUGCCAUGGAGGCCAGCAACGAGACAAACCCCAAUUUUUACCGCUACGAGCGCAUUCUGAGCGACGGCUGGUUGUUUGGCAGAAAAGUCGACAACAGCGACAGCCAGUACCGGUUUUUCAGAGACAACGUGCCAAUGAUCGCGGCGCUGAUGGUGUUCCAUUUAGUGUUGAAGAGGACGUUUUUAAGUCUUGGCACCGAAGCGGUGGUAUUUGACGCUGGGUUUGGACUGUUGUUCCUGUUCGGUGCUCAUGGCUUCAAUUGUCUCCGAAUUCUGUUCCAUACCAUGGUCAUGUAUACGUUUGGCCGUGUUCCCAAUAAAAAACUCAGCAUAGCCCUCCUGUGGACCUACGGCCUGGCCACGCUGUUUCUCAACGACAGAUACAGAACGGUCAAGUUUGGCGGGCUUUUGCCAGCGCUGUCAUUCAUGGACUCUUUCAAGGGCCUGAUUGCCAGAUGGGACGUGUUUUUCAACUUUACGCUACUCAGACUUCUAAGUUUCAAUCUGGACUAUCUCUGGAGAGAGCCGAAAAAAGACAAAGAAACCAAGGAUGGCGGCGAGCUGGAUGAGAGACAGAGACAGAACUACGCUCUUGAGGACAAGGACUACUCUCUUCUGCACUACUUUGCCUAUGUUUUCUAUACUCCGUUGUUCAUUGCCGGGCCCAUAGUCACCUUCAACGACUACAUAUACCAGACCCGCCACCCGCUCAGUUCCAUCACGUGGAAGCGGACUGCCACGUACGGUCUGCUGCUUUUAUGCUGUAUCAUGCUCAUGGAGUUCAUUCUGCAUUAUAUAUAUGUGGUUGCUGUGUCGAAAGCAAAAGCCUGGGACGGCGACACUCCGUUCCAGAUCUCGAUGAUUGGGCUGUUCAACCUGAAUAUUAUAUGGCUCAAGCUCUUAAUCCCGUGGCGGGUGUUCAGAUUCUGGGCUCUCUGUGACGGCAUCGACCCGCCAGAGAACAUGAUCCGCUGUGUCGACAACAAUUACUCCACCAUGCAAUUCUGGCGGGCAUGGCACCGCUCGUACAAUAAAUGGGUCGUGCGGUAUGUGUACGUGCCACUGGGCGGCUCGAAGAGCAGGAUCGUGGCGUCGUUUGCGGUGUUUACGUUUGUGGCGAUCUGGCACGAUAUCGAGCUGCGACUGCUGAUCUGGGGGUGGUUAAUUGUGCUGUUUUUGCUUCCGGAAAUGCUGGCCACCCAGCUGGCCAAACCGUACGAAAAUAAGUGGUGGUUCAGACACCUGUGUGGCGUGGGGGCCAUCAUCAACAUCUGGAUGAUGAUGCUGGCCAACUUGUUUGGUUUCUGUCUCGGCAAAGACGGCCUGACGCUGCUGCUGAAAGACAUGUUCACCACCAUGGACGGCUGGGUGUUUUUCGUGCUGAGCAGCGUGUGUCUGUGGAUUGCUGUGCAGGUGAUGUUUGAGUGGCGUGAGGAAGAGAAACGCCGCGGUGUCGACGUCAAGUGCUAGCAAGAUUGGCUCAGUUGUACAUUCGUUUGUAGUCUCUUGGGCUAACAAAGCUUUUUUUGUUCUUGUCCUUCCAGAGGCCUCGUUUCUCGCGCUUGGCGUACUUUUCCCACGCCAGAUAGAGCGCCUCCUUGCCGUCGAACUCGACGCCCUGCUUUGCCUCGUAAACGGUGCCGAUCCCGUUCUUGAUCAUCUCCUCGCUCACGUCGCGAAACCCGUUCCAUUUCAGCACCAUUACUUUUGCAACCACCCGGUUGUACUGGUCCAGACUCAACGGCUUGACAUACAAUUUUCGCCCCAAAAUGUAGUUCCGCAGCCACUGCAAUGCCUCCUCGCUGUACGGCUGCGCAGGCUUGCCAAAAUGCGAUCUUUCUGGAGCGUCCACGCCGCAAAGACGAACGUGAAUGGUCCUAUUUUUCAGUUUGCGGAACGUGUUGAUCUCUGGAAUCUUCCGCAGCCAUCCCCAGCCGCCCAGACGGCCUCCUGGUAGGUGGAACAUGUGGAAGUUGUCGCCGUCGCCGACGGAGGUGACCUUGCCAAAUAAAUACCUUUUUCGAAACAUGUACGACGGGAUGUCUGUGGCGACGUUGAUGCGGCGCAGGUUACGCGAAUAGAACGCGUACCCGGAUAUGAGGGCCGACGCAGUGCCAAAUCCAUACAGAAGCACGAGCGGG